AUUGACUAUAAGUGAGUAUAUUCUUACCUCUCUUGCGCGCAUUCGGUAAAAAGCCAGAUGGCAUCGCCGCCUGCUCUGAGUCCAGAGCAGGAAUUGCACCUUCAAACAGCCUUCCUACUAUCAUCUGCGGUUGAUGCAUUCAACCCAGUUUCUGCACUUGUCGAGAAGAUCGAGCUGCAUAACUUUGCCGAGUAUGCAAUAUAUGAAUCAGGUCCUGUUCGGGCGCUUUUGGCGCUUUCAAGCAACGCCAUUAAGUUCGGGCCCAAAACUAAGACUCAAAUGCAGGUCCAGCCAACCGUUUUCAUCGCGUUCUCCAACAGCCUUCGCCACCCUGCGCACACCGCACCCAACCAGUCCUCCAUGGCCAACUUCCUAGCUGCGCAGCGGCAGUGCGGCUUCCCGGGAGCUGCAGCUUGCAAUGUGCAUGGCCACGCGCUAGCUGCCCUCGAGUCGCUGCCGCUGGGGUCCGUUUUCAGCCUACUGGGCCAGGGCUACAAGCUGGUGGCCACGGGCUACAAGUUCGGCGGUGUGGUGGCACACCUGUUCGCCACACGUGUGCUGCUGCAGCUGCACCAGGAGGUCCAGAUGGCGCGGCAGAUGGGCAUCAACCUGACCAUGAACCUGGCGGAUAACAAGGUUUCCAGCUACGCCUUUGGCAGCCCCUUCUUCGCCACAGCCUCCAUGGGUCGCUGCCUGGCCGCCCUAGACCUGCUCCAACAGCAGCAGCAACCCUCCCAGCGCCCCUCACCGCCCAUACAGCACAACCUGCACACCAUCUGGCGCGCCGGAGACGCAAGCGCCGCGUUCUUCACCGCUGCCAGCGAGCUCGUCACCGUUGCGUCGGCAGCCCGAGAUGCAGCGUACGACGUUACAACUGGCGACGUUGACGCCGCGGGUGGAGGACUGGAGGGCGACCUGGCCUCGCAGGCGUCCAUAGCACGUACCCCUCAGGUUGCAGCUGUGCAGGAGUGGUGCCGUUUCGUGGCGGAUAAUGUGGACGGGCUAUCUAGGUGCCGUAGCAGCGGCCCCAGCCGUCUGCUAGCACGGCCGCUCGACAC